UGGUAGCCGUGACUGCGCUAUAUAAAAAUACCUGCGAUAAGUCAGUGGUUCACAGUUUGUGGGACGCGCUAGUGUAUUUUGCUCGAUGCAGAGAUAAAUAGAAAUAAAAGUAAUUUACAAAAAUGAAACCAUUUGUCUUCAAACAUGGCCACCUACUCAAACCAGCAUUGGCUGCUGUCCCACAUACGCAACUCCUUCAUCUCAACCGACGACACCGGGAUGUGCGAGACCGUGAUGCUGAGCGAUGACAUGCCAAAGCAUUAUUUGAGAAAAUUCAACUCUUCGGCUGGGGUGGAAUCUCACAGGCGGAGACCGUUGAAGCCGCCGCUGGCCAGUGCACUACCGGACAGAAAUACACGCCAUCCGGAUGCGCCAAUGCAGGAAGUGGACUUUAUGUGCUACCCCGGACUGGACCUGAGCGAUGAUGAGGAGGACAUGUCGACACACUCGUUCGACAUUCAGAUGUACCCCGAGCUGGGGGCGCACCGUUUUCGGUCCAACACUGCCCAAAAGCUGGAGAAACUGGACAUUGCCAAGAGGAGGGCGGCGCGCAUCAAGAGCAUUAACUACAACGAGGAAGUGCAGCCGCCCGACGACAAAGAUUUCUUUAAGCGCAAGGAAAUACCAAAUAUCAAGCCAACCAUCCCAAAGGAGAAAAAGGCGAACGAUGAUGAGCUGUCCGACGAAGGGGUGUUGACGGAACAACUGGCUAAGAGCCCCAAGCAGACGCAAAAAAAAUUCAUCGAGUUCGCCCGUAUCGAUGGCACCUCUCAGGUAGGCAUGCAGACGAAGCGCAUCAAUGUCUAUCUAAACAUGCUGCCAGAGCCAGACCGCAACUAUCCCCUAAAGGUAUGCAUGCUCUCCACUGCCAAGAUCCAGGAGGUGAUUGGUUUCGUCUGCUAUAAGACCUCCCUGCAGUAUCCAGAUGUGCCACUGAAAUCGUUGCAGCACUAUGGUCUCUACAUGACGGAGGACAACGACGACAUGGAAGACUUCCCGCCUCUAGACAAUCGCGAGCCUUGCUCCAAGUUUGGAUUCGCAGAGCGGCGUCCCUUGGCGCCCGUCACCAGGGUGGACUACCCUGGACUGCUGGGCAACAAAUCGAUGACCUCCGAGGACGUUAAGGCCACUUUGGCGGAUGCAGCGUUAAGGGCUCUGAAGAAUAUCACGUUAAACGGAGGAGCAGCCGAUCCAGGUGGAGGGCAGAAGUGCCUGCUCAAUCACAACGAUAUGCUGGAGGCACCCAUGCAUCGCAGCUUCCGCCUAAAAAUCAUCGACAAGCGUUUCUUCAAGUCCGACGUCACGUUGGGCAUCUCCGGCGAGAGGAUCGAUAUCGACCAGUAUAAGAAUGCCAAGUUCUGGCCGCAGAAAAAGCCCGUUUCCACGCCCAUCGAUUUGGUGGCCCAUUGCGAGAUUGUGGAGAGGCGUCACCUGAAGGCUCUGCUUUGUAUCUGGCUAAAGUCAAAUUCCUCCUCUUCCUCCCUGCCUUCCGGCUGCACCUCGGCUCCCAUCAAUGCCCGCGUGACCACGCUAAGCACGGGCACGGGAAGCAGCAGUGCCGGGAUCGCCCACUCCCCAAGCAGUCCGGGAAACUCUUUCGGCUUCUUCAUGACCAGCAAUAUUCGAUUUAAGCACUACGACUUCGACACUGACACCCACACAGCCGAGCAGAUCAACAGCAAGCUUAACUGCAUCCUGGAGAUGCUGUCCAGUGAGCUGCGGCGGGAGUUCCUGCAGCAGCGUGAGCGCAAAGAGGAGCGACAGCAGGUGAAAAAGCAGCCAAAGUUGUAGUAUUUAUUCCUGUGGCGGCGUCUCUUGCGAGAAAAGCUGCUCGUGUGCCUAGCAAGCGGGCCUCUGUAUUCGCCAGAGCCACCGCCUCCUCCUUCGACUAAGCCUAAAUCCUACGCCUAAGCCUCCGCCUGCGCCUGCGCCUACUGUUCGAUAAGUUGUAUUAUGUAGUUGCUAACUAAAGAUUGUGUUACACAUGUUUAAAAUAGCCUGUAAGUAUUUAUUGAACUCACUUAACUACGAAAGCCCGAUCCUGAAGAUAAACCCAAGCAUUAAAGUUCA